AUGGGAGAAGGUAAUAUACCGCUGCGAGAAGCGGUGGUUAAUAUUUCAGGGAUGACUUGUUCAGCAUGUGUUCAAUCAAUAGCUACGCAGUUAGAAAAGAUGGAUAUGGUGUCUAGUGUAAUCAUAUCGUUAUCAACAUGUGAGGGGAAAGUUACAUAUGCGGCUGAUGAACCUCAGGGUACGGUUAUUAAAGAGGAAAUUGAAGAUUGCGGGUUUGAUUGUGUAGUGCUUAGGGAUACAUUGGUAUUUACGACAACAACAACAAAUGUUGUUACGGAGAAAGAAUGUACUUUAAGGAUUGGAGGAAUGACUUGUUCCGCAUGCGUCAAUGCUAUCAAAUCUCAAUUAGAUAAAUUACCAGGUGUCUUAAAUGUAGAUUUGUCUCUGCUGACGGAAGAGUGUGUGGUGAAAUUUGAUUCUCAGAUCGUCUCAAAAGAUGAUAUAAAAAAUUGUAUUGAAGAUUGUGGAUUUGAUGCAAAUUUAAUAGAUAUGGAUGAAUGUGGACAAUUACAAAUUGUUAAGACGAAAUUUAUUCUGUAUGACGAUAAUGAUGACUAUAAUACAAUUAUACAGAAAUUUGAUCAUUUGGUUACAUUAAGAGAAAGUUUGAUUUCAAUUGAAGUGACUUCAAAAAUCACCGAUAAUAGAAUUGUAACUAUUGAAUAUAAUCAAUCUUUGCUUGGGAUUAGAGAUUUAAUAGAAUUGUGUGAGCAAGAGACUCGUUACAAGAUGGUUUUGGAUUCCUCUUAUGAUAAAUCUGUACAAUUGAAUAUGUUACAGAAGACUCAAGAGAUUUCCAUUUGGAAAACUCGUUGUAUGAAAUCUUGUACUAUCGCAAUCAUUUCAAUGCUGAUGUAUAUGGGGAUUCCAAUGUUAGAUCAUAAAUUAAUAAUGAAUCAUACUUUCCCAUAUAAUGAAGUUCAUGGAAUUACAGGAUUAUAUUAUAGAGAUAUUAUUGGUUUGGUAAUGGCUUCGUAUGUUUUGUUUCAUAUUGGAAUAUAUUUCUAUAUAUCAUGUUGGAAAUCUUUAAUGCAUGGUACAGGAACAAUGGAUACUUUGAUAACUAUCUCUACUUUAAGUGCAUAUUUAUUUUCCUUGGGAUCUAUUAUUUGUAACAUUAUUUGGAAAGCUGAUAAAUUACCAAGCGUAGUAUUUGAUACCGCUAUCAUGUUAAUCGCAUUUAUUUCCAUCGGUAAACUAUUAGAAAAUAGAGCUAAAUCUCAAACAUCAACAGCAUUGUCACAUUUAAUUGAAUUAUCACCUAACAUGUGUACACUUGUAAUAUCAGAUGAUAACACAAAAGAAAUUCCAAUAGAACUAUUACAAUUAGGGGAUAUUAUUGAAGUGAAACCAGGGAUGAAAAUUCCAAGUGACGGGUCUAUUGUCAAAGGAGAAACUGAGAUUGAUGAAUCAUUAAUGACAGGUGAAUCAAAUUUAAUCUAUAAAAAAAUUGGAUCUCAUGUUAUUGGUGGUACUAUUAAUGGACCGGGUCAUUUUUAUUUUAAAGUCACCUCAGUGGGUUCAGAUACUAAAUUAUCUCAAAUUAUUUCCACUAUUAAGAAUGCUCAAUUGACAAAGACUCCAAUACAAAAAUAUGCAGAUAAAUUAUGUGCAAUUUUUGUUCCAGUAAUCUUAUCUCUAUCGGUACUUACAUUCAUUACUUGGUAUUUCAUUUCAAAAUCAGCAAUGGUAAAUAGUUUUCAAACUUUCAUUUCAGGGGAAGGUAGCAAUGUGUUUAAAUGUCUAAGAAUCGCAACUUCAGUUGUUAUUGUUGCAUGUCCAUGUGCAUUGGGUCUAGCAACACCGACUGCUAUCAUGGUCGGUACUGGUAUUGGUGCCCAAAAUGGGGUUCUAAUUAAGAAUGGUGACGCUAUUGAAAAAUGCAAAGAUAUUAAAGGAUUUGUCUUCGAUAAAACAGGAACAUUGACUACAGGUAUGAUGACUGUUGAGAAUUUUAACCAAUUAAAUGAACCUAAAGAUUUAAGCUCCGAAGAAUUAUGGACUUUAAUUAAAGUUUGUGAAUCAAAGAGUGAACAUCCUGUUGCCAGAACUAUUGUCAAUUAUGCAUCUCUUUUACUAUCUAAGUAUGAUGAUAAUGAGAUUGGUGAGUUUGGUACAGAUAAUUGCAAUAUAGUAAUGGGGCAAGGUUUAGAAUGCGAUUUUACACAUCAGAGGACAAAUAAGAAAUACAAAGUUUGUAUCGGUUUCGGUUCAACUUUGUUCCCCGUGUCUAUUCAAGAUGAAAUUAGAAAAUUGUCACAAUCGGAUUUAUCGAUAGAAACUAAUAAUGACGGCUAUACAAUUGCUUAUGUUUCUAUUAAUGAUAGUUUAGUGGGGAAUUUUGAAAUUGUUGAUAGAUUAAGAGAUGAUUCAUAUGUUACCAUACAAUACCUGAAAUCGAUGGGUUAUAAAAUUUAUAUUGUCACAGGAGAUAAUCAUUUUGCAGCCUCUAAGAUUGCUUCUGCAUUAGAGAUUGAUAUAACAAAUGUCUUUAGUAGUAUUCCUCCUAAUGGGAAAUGUGAAGUUGUGAAACGUUUGCAAAAUACAAGUGAACCCGGUUCUAUAAUCUUUGUCGGAGAUGGUAUUAACGACUCCCCUGCAUUAGUAACAGCAGAUUUAGGGAUUGCUGUUUCAACUGGAACAGAAAUUGCAAUUGAUGCGGCUGAUAUUGUAAUUUUGGCAGGUCAAUCCAAUUCCGAAUGUCCUUCAACAAACGCAAGUUUGAAAAGACUUGUAUAUGCAAUAGAUAUCUCUCAAAGAACUUACCAAAGAAUUAAAUUAAAUCUAUUUUGGGCACUCUCAUAUAACACAUUCAUGGUUCCUAUCGCCAUGGGGAUUCUAGUUCCAUGGGGUAUCACAUUACCUCCUAUGAUCGCUGGGAUGGCAAUGGCAUUGAGUUCUGUGAGUGUUGUACUAAGUUCUUUACAAUUGAAAGAUUGGACACCUCCUGUAUUAGAGAGUAACCAGAACUAUAAUGAUUAUAAACAAACAGGUUUACUACCAAGACUACAUAAUUUUCUAUUCUUUUGGCGAUCAAAUAGAACGUACCAACCUUUGGUAGAUGAUUUGGAGAUGAAUACAAAUCUUGAGUGA